UUGGACGUUGUUGCAGUUUCCAACUGGUCGACAUUCAUAGCGCGCUCGCGAAACUAAGUGCAUUUACCUAAACGCAGUGGUAGAGAGCAUUUUAAAUGUUGCAAGAAAUAACAGCAAAAAGUGUGAAAAGUGUAGAUAAGGAGAAAAUGCAAUGACAGCAACACGAACAGUAGUUAAUAAUAGUUAAAGGCGGUCAUUGCCAUAUUUAGCCGACAGGUUGUUUGCCAUUUUAUUGCGUUUGGCAAAGGAGAAGUGUAGCGAACUAAAAAUUGGGCACAAUUAACGUGUCAUAGCGGGUCGCUGAAGGAAGCCCACAAGCAACGAAAGCGCCAUGAAAAACAGGUGCUAAUGCAAAUAAGAACAAAUCCAAUUAGAAAAAUAUUUAUGCGUUAAAGAGACAAGCCUCGAGCGCGAACCUAUUUGGCCCACCCACUGGGCGCCAUACAAAGGCACGCGCGGGUCAACACCGACACAGCGCGCUUAGCUUAACAAGCGUACGCGACAUUAGUGGCCCAAACGAUUUAAAAAAAAAAAUAAGCAGAAAACAGAAAAUAAAAUUGCGCACAACGCAGCCCCGCUGCCGACUCACAGCCGUUUUUAGCAGCGCGCACGAAGUGCACCACGACGGGCGAGUGAACCAUUUGCAACGCCAACAGCACCACCGGUUUGUCAGUAUCUCUCCAGCGUUCAGUGCGCGUUCGGGCCAAGCGUGAAACGCAUCGCUGCGUCAACUGUGAGCUAGUGAAUCAGUGAGCGCGCAUAUUUGUUUAAUAAAAAUUUCAUUGAAAUUUACAUAAAAUACUGCUAAAAAGGCAUUCAAUUAAACAAACAAAAAAAAUUAAAUUGCGCAGAAUUCAGCAUUAAUAAAAUUACCAGCGAAAACCGCCAAGAGUACAAAACGAAAUUUCCUCUGCGCGCACCUGCCGCCGAGCAAUCAUCAGUGCGACCUCCUUUUCUCAAACAUACUAAACGAGCGCGCGCCUCCCCUCCGCUUGUAGUUAUGGCCGCCACACCGUUGACCCUGAUGGAUGGCAGCAUCGCAUCAACCACGGUUACAGCAGAUGCCACUUUGGCAACAGCAGUAGCUUUGGAUAGUAGCAGCAGCAACCAAAUUGGUGUUGCAACUCAACCUGCCGUGAGACCAACAAUGCUAUUUGGUUCUACUGAGCGUUUAGACACAUCCGCUGCCGUCACGAAUGUGCUCAUCUCACCAAAUGGCAGUUGCAGCGGCAGCGGUAAUUCCGCCGCCACAUCGCCAUCAUUUCUGCCGGAGAUGCCACAAUGGAAAAAAGACUUAAUACAACGCCGCAAAUCGAAUGUGGCACGUACGAUUGGUGCUGCAACAGGAGCAGCAGUGAUGUCGCCGAUAUCCGCGGCAGCACAACAACAGCGUGGUGGUGGUCAACAGCAUUCUCCAACAACGACAACCACAACAACAACAACAGCUGCAGAUGGUUUUUCGCCAACAACAAUAACGCCAAGCAGAGACUUAACCGCGGUCGCUUCUAAGUCCGGAAUUCAAGUAGCAACCGUAACAACAACAACCAAAGUAAGCAAACUAACAGCUAGUCAAUACCAAUACCAAGAAGAGCAGAACAACUCCAUUGUAUUCAACAAAAGCAUGCAACGGUAAUCACUGCCGCUGAGCAACAACAG